GCAGCUUCUCUUGGAGCCGAAAACAGGCACGAGCUCGGAGAAGCAAAAGUCAAACCAAAGUCAACGCGGAGGCGGUUUGGCGGCCACCCACCCACCCCGCGACGCCGAUGGACGCGCCCCGCGGCGGCGCGCGGCGGCCGGCCCCCUCCGGCGCGGGUGCGGACCAGCGCCGCGCGGCGGCGCAGCAGGCGAUGGCGCGCAUGGAGGAGAUGAUGCUCGCGCACGCGGGCGCCGCGGGCGAGUUCAGCAUCAUCCUCGACGCGCCGCUCCCGUCGCUCCAGCAGUACCGCCGCCACCCCGCGCCGCCGUCGGGCGCCUCCCCGGCCUCGUCCUCCCCGUUCCGCCGGGGCGGGAAGGACGGCGCCGGCGGAGGGCGCGACGAGGAGAGGAUCCCCGCGCGCCUGCGCCGCGAGGGGAGCGGCCACGACGCCCUCGGCGACGCGGGCGCCUCUCGCCGAGGCGCGGACGUCGGCGCACGACGGGAGCGGCGGCCGGCUGGUGGCGCGCGCGGGCGCGGCGAGGAGGGGGAGGGGGAGGAGGUAGAGGCGCCGGUGCGGCUGACGGGCCCGCGGAGCGUGCGGAGGCCGUCCUCCCGCGGCGCGACGCCUCCCCCGAGGCCCGCCGAGGCGAAACGCGUUGUAGCGGAGGAGGAGGGGGACGAGGAGACGCCGCUGCAGCUGCUGGCGCGCGGCGAUCGGAGCUCGAGAGCGACGAGGCCUGCGGAAGCGCCGCCUCCGCCGCAAGCGGUGGAGACCGCCCCCGCCGCCACAAGGCCGUCGAGCCGGCGGUCGAGUCGGGAGGUUGGCGUGAGGCCAGUUGUGGCUGAGGUGGCGGCGAACGUGGACUCUGACGUGGAGAGCGUUGAGCGGCGGAGCAGCCGAGGGAGCGAGGAUGGUGGCGAGGACGCGGUGGCGUUGCCCAGGCCGUUGGCGACAGUCGUCGCCAGAGACCGGAGCAGGAGCAACUCGCCCGCGAUAAGUCGGAAUGGUGCGGACUCCGCUGCAGCGAAUCGCCCACCAUCAACAGGAAGGUCAACAUUUGCACCACCAAUUGGCGUUAAUGUGAAACCUCUACAGGCUGUGGAAAUGCCAAAUGGGACACCUAGGGAUAGAAGGGCUGUUUAUCCAGAUCCCACUUUUGCCCAAUCCACACGGUCACGAGACUCACAUGACAGUUCAACAAUAACAGAAGAGCUUGAAAUGCUAAAAGAUGAGAAUGUAAAUCUUUUGGAGAAGCUUGGCCUAGCCGAAGAGAAACUUAGACAAUCUGAAGCCCGGACAAUGGAGCUUGAGAAACAGGUUGCUAAUCUUGGUGAUGGGUUAUCUAUGGAAGUAAAGCUUAUGAAAAGGCGGGAGGAGAUGCUUGUAAGAAAGGAGCAAGAGAUAAGAAAAGCUCUUAUAUCCAAGAAUGGUAAAAGUGAGGAACUCGCCACUCUUCAACAACAGCUACAGUCUGCAAGAGAAGAGGCAUCUUCUGCUGUGAAGAAACUCAAAGAAGCUGAAUCCGAAACAAAAGACUUACGUACAAUGACACGCAGGAUGAUCUUAAGCAAAGAAGAAAUGGAAGAAGUUGUCAUGAAGAGGUGUUGGCUAGCCCGAUAUUGGGGCUUGGCUGUUCAAUAUGGCAUCUAUCCAGAUAUCUCCACGUCAAAACAUGAAUACUGGUCUUCGCUUGCACCUCUUCCGUUUGAGUAUGUAACAUCUGCUGGACAGAGAGCUAAGAAUGGAUCUGAAACAGGAAGUGAUGGUUUGGAAGAGGUAGACAAGCUUGUUCAUGAUUUGACUGUUACAGCAGGAGAAGGCAAUGUAGAAACCAUGCUUGCUGUUGAUAAAGGACUUCAAGAACUAGCUUUCCUGAAGGUUGAGGAUGCGGUACUUUUUGCCCUUGCCCAACAUCAUCGUUCUAAUGUUGCUGGGCCAGCAGAUCCAGAUAUCAAAUCAUCUGGGGAUGAAAAAUUCACUGAAGCAUUCGACCUAAGCAAGGAGGAAGAGGAAGAUGUACAGUUCAAGCAGGCUUGGCUCAUCUAUUUCUGGAGAAGGGCUAAAAACCAUAACGUGGAAGAAGAUAUCGCUGAGGAGCGGUUGCAGAUGUGGAUUGAUCGAAAUGACCAGCAACCAACUUCACAUGACGCUGUAGAUGUCGAGCAAGGCCUGCACGAGCUGAGGAAGCUGGGGAUCGAGCAGCUCCUGUGGGAGCUCUCCCGCCACGAGGUGAAUCUCACGAAAGACGAUCCAUCCGAUGUCGAGGAUCUGACCUAACAGCCUCGGAAAUGGCGAGCACACAGAGCGAAUCCAGUUUGGUUAUCCAUGUGUAUCAGAAGGAAACUGGAGAACACUGUAAACAUGUUUCUGUUUUUUGCUUUUUCAGUUUUGUCCCAAACUGUUCAUUGAUUUUUUUUCCCUCACUGUACAUAACUUUGUGUCUCUACUGUGUUGCAAAAGCAGAGCUUGAAGGGUGCAACAGGUUAAACCUAGUGUUGUACUUGCCGUGUGCCUAACAGAAUCAUCGCAUCUGUGUCACUAUUCCUGAA